CCCCGCGCGCUCAGGAUGUCGGCGCAGGCCCAGAUGCGCGCCAUGCUGGACCAGCUCAUGGGCACGUCCCGGGACGGGGAUACUACCCGUCAGCGAAUCAAAUUCAGUGAUGACCGAGUGUGCAAGAGCCACCUCCUAAACUGCUGCCCUCAUGAUGUCCUCUCUGGAACUAGGAUGGACCUUGGAGAAUGUCUGAAGGUGCAUGACCUGGCAUUAAGAGCAGAUUAUGAAAUUGCAUCCAAAGAACAAGACUUUUUCUUUGAGCUUGAUGCAAUGGAUCACCUGCAGUCAUUCAUUGCCGACUGUGACAGAAGAACUGAAGUGGCUAAGAAAAGACUAGCAGAAACCCAAGAAGAGAUCAGUGCUGAAGUUGCAGCUAAAGCUGAACGAGUUCAUGAAUUGAAUGAAGAAAUUGGGAAGCUAUUGGCCAAAGUAGAACAGCUGGGAGCUGACGGAAAUGUGGAGGAGUCCCAGAAAGUAAUGGAUGAAGUGGAGAAAGCCAGGGCAAAGAAGAGAGAAGCAGAGGAAGUGUACAGGAAUUCAAUGCCUGCCUCCAGCUUUCAGCAGCAGAAGCUCCGUGUCUGUGAAGUGUGUUCUGCCUACCUUGGUCUUCAUGAUAACGACAGGCGACUUGCUGACCACUUUGGAGGAAAACUGCACUUAGGGUUUAUUGAAAUAAGGGAGAAACUUGAGGAGCUCAGGAGGGUUGUGGCUGAUAAACAGGAAAAACGAAAUCAGGAACGCCUGAAACGCAGAGAGGAGAGGGAGAAAGAAGAAAGGGAGAAGCUAAGGAGGUCCAGAUCCCAUAGCAAGAAUCCCAGAAGAUCUAGGUCUCGAGAUCGCCGCAGACAUCGGUCUCGCUCUGCCUCCCGGGAACGAAAGAGAAGAACUCGCUCCAAAUCCCGUGAGAAACGCCACCGUCACAGGUCUCGCUCCAGCAGCCGCAGCAGGAGCCGCAGCCAUCAGAGAAGCAGGCAUAGUUCCAGGGACAGGAGCAGAGAACGCAAAAAAAGAUCCUCAAAAGAAAGAUCUUCCAGAGACAAAGAACGAUCAAGAGAUCAUGACAGAACAUCGCGUGACAAAGACAGGAGCUCAAGAGAGAGGUCACCCCGAGAUAACAAAGACAGGAAACGCUCAUAUGAAAGUGCUAAUGGCCGAUCAGAAGACCGGAGGAGCUCAGAGGAGCGCGAAGCAGGGGAGAUAUAACUGCUGUACAGUCACCGGAUCCUCUAGCUUCCUAUGGAGUUGCAUACUAUGGUUUAGUUUACAGUUGUUCAAAGGGACACCAGUGAGCAGUUCGACACUGAUCCAGCUAGGGUAGAUGUACAGUAUAUAAAAGUGGUUAUAACUAAAUCUGAAUUGAACCCCUUCAAUUGAUGAUGCCUAAAGCUGUGUCCUUGACUUUGACCAAGCUGUAAAACUUCUCUGAACGAUUUCUCUUUAUCCAGGAUGACAGUUUUAUGUACCAAGGUGCAGAUCUCACUGUUUUACUCUCCUUUCCAAAGCAAGUUAAAUAGUGACAAAUUAUAUUGCAGUACUUGCCUUGGGUGCUCUCAAACCUUUAUAAAAUUCUCUAAUUCUGGUCCAGUCCAAACAGCAACAUUGAAGGCUUUUUUAAGAGGGCGGGUGGGUACUAAACUUUUAUUCUAAGGUUGUUUCCCAAUGAUUGUAUGGGAACCUAGGAGUUGGUUACAGUCAGAGCAUUUAGGUUGGAAUAUGUGCCAGAGAAAGCUGAAAUGUCGUUUUUUACAGUGCCUAUUUAGACUGGGGAAUUGAACAGCUGUUGCAUUACAUCUUUUUUUAUUUUUAUUGAAAUUUUGAAAUCCAAGCCAGUCCCAUCUCUCUGUACCAUUUGGUAUGUGUUCAGUAUAUUUGGGUUUUUUUCCAUAAGGACUUUUUCUGCUUUUUCUUGUGGGAUGUAGGCUGUACAUCCUUAAUUGUAAAAAUAAAUAAAAUAAAAAAAUUAAAAAGUAAACUGCAUUGUCCAGUAAGUUAACAUUGAGCACCUUGGUGUCUCAAGGUGAGUGUGGCUAAUUAUUUGUGUAUGUUCUUUAGUUAGGUCAAUUGUAUGAGAAGAAACAGUACAGAACUUUCUCAUUUGGAGAAAAAUGUUUUAAAUACACAACUCUACUACUGGAAGUUCUGUCUUUCUGAUGAGACCUAAAACAGACCAUGGCUACUCCAAGAU